GCCGCUGAAGCGGCGAGUGGAAGUUGUCUCUUGCAAACACGCUCCCUGCCGCCUCGUGCGACCGUUUUUCCACCUCCCUGGACCACUGUCGAGUCCCCCAUUGAUUCUCUGUUGUCUGGUAUCCUCGUAUAGAUUGGAUCGGCUGUGGAUACUGCUCGACAGCGGCUCGACGCCUGUCACGAGGCAGGCUGCCGCGGAGCAGAUAGGCGAAGUCCAGAAACUGCACCCCCACGAACUCAACAACCUCCUCAGAAAAGUGAUAACAUUCCUGACCAGUAAGUCAUGGGAGACACGUAUUGCAGCUGGCCAGGCGGUGGAGGCCAUCGUAAAGAACGUGAAGCCAUGGAGACCGGUGUUUACGGGCAAUGCUGGAGGUAAUAGCAGAGAGAGCACUCCAGCCAGCGAGGACAGCACCCUCUCGGCUGACCUCCUCUCCUUCAACAACUUCGACAUCAAUCAAGUGUUAGCUCACGGCACAGCUCUCCUCUCCUCCACUGGGGAGGAAUACUCUUUAGACAAUGACCCAGACUUCCAGAAAAUGACUGCUCAGGAGAAAGCUGCAUUCUACAGACGGCAGUUGCUGCAGAAACUUGGACUGGUGGCUCAGGGAAAGGUCUUCUCGACCGGCGUUGAGAAAUUCAUCGAGGACUCUGACCUCAUGGUGACAUCACCAGCAAAUGAGAACCCCAGUUCUAAACCAGGUGGAGUGGGAGGAGGAGGAGAGGUGAAGGAGAUAUCGGCCCUGGCUCUCAAGGGAAUGAGUGCCCGAGAGAGGAACAAAGCCAAGAGAAAGGCACGCCUGAUGGCUCGACGGAAUUCUCGUGACAAAGACACUCCCGAGAAGAUGUGUGUUUAGAUUCACACUCUGUUUGUCAAAGUGCCGCUGAUGUCAAAUAGAGGAAAAGGUUUCUAUAAUAUAAUGUGUAUGUGUGUCCGUGUCCAGUGUGGAGGGAGAGGGUCAAGUCUCAAAGAAACCUCGAACCACCAAUGUUGUGGUGGAGCAGGCAGGCCUGACCGACAAACUGCUCAUCGACCAAAUCGCUGACCUGGACUCCGUCUUUGAAGAGUCUGAGGAGUGGCCACUCAACUGGUUUUGUGAGGAAAUGUUCCGCAACCUCUUCAAUCCUUCCUGGGAGGUCCGUCACGGAGCAGCCACAGCUCUGAGAGAGGUCAUCAGGUACCAUGGAGACACCGCCGGUCUCACUGUCCUCCUCAACCCUGACAUGUAUUCGGAGGCAAACCAGAAGUGGUUAGAGGAUGCUUCUAUUCGACUGCUGUGUGUGUUUGCCCUCGACAGGUUUGCCGACUUCGUCUCGGAUCAGGUGGUUGCUCCAGUGAGAGCGACGUGUGCCCAGUGUCUGGGGAUGUGCGUGCGGGGGAUGUGUGAGGGUGUGGUGGGGAGGGUGGUGAGUGUGCUCCAGUGCCUCGGUGAGCAACAGCAGUGGGAAGUCCGCCACGCCUCCCUCAUGGCCGUCCAGCAUCUCCUAGCUGCUCGCACGGACCUGUGUGCCACACUCCUCCCUCUCCUCUCUCCCUCCAUACUGAGAGGGCUCCGAGAUGUGGACGACGAUGUACGAGCUGUGGCGGCCAGCUCUCUGCUCCCGGUCGCCAACCAACUCGUGACCGUCUUACCUUCCAAGAUACCGCAGCUGCUGACCAUUCUGUGGGACUCUCUGGUUGACCUCGACGACCUUUCAGCCUCCACCAGCAGUAUCCUUGGUCUCCUCUGCUCCCUACUCAACCAGAACCCACAACUAUAUGCCGGGGAAACGGAAGAAGCUCAGCGACUGUCUCAACUGGCGCCUCGACUGUGGCCGUUUCUCUCACACACCAACCGAAGGGUGCGUCUCUCGUGUCUUCGGGUCCUUCUCUCUCUACUGGAGAGUGGUCAGAGGAAGAACCGGGGAGGAGGAAGA